AUGGACACGGACUGGGACGACGACUUUGCCGCGGCGCCACAGCAGGGCGGCGCAGCCGACCCCCUCGUGGACACAGAGUAUGCGCGCCUGCAGCAGCGCUACACGGAUGCCGGAUACCGCGAAGGUAUUGGCGAAGGCAAGCUCUCGACCCUCCAAGCAGGCUUCGACGAGGGCUUCGCCGCGAGCGUGCCCCCCGCCCGCCGGAUCGGGCAGCUGCGCGGGCGCGCGAACGCGCUCCUCGCCAUCGCCCUCUCCCCCUCCCCCUCCCCCUCCUCUCCGCUCUCAGAAGCCGAGCUCGACGCGCUGCGCGCCCUCGUAUCCGACCUUGCGGCGGUAAGGCGCGACGACGUGCUGCCGCCCGACGCGGAGCGGAUCGCGCACGAAGCCGAGCACGGCGAGGACGAGCCGUUCGAGUACGACCGCACGGACGCCCGCGACAUGGAGGGGCUGGAGGGCGCGCUCGCCGGCCUCGGAAAGCGCAGCGACGCCGGGAGGCUGCGCGAAGACGCGUUGUUGGACGCGCUCGAGCGGCGCGUCGACGAGGCCGAGGCGCGCAUCCUCUGA